AUGACCUUACAGCGUAAUUACGUGCACGAUGUGGAUAAAUUGAGUUGGGGUUGUCGAAACAGCCCUGGGACUUUCGGUCUGUUGUACGCCACUCUCACAUUGUUCAGUACUGUUUUGUUCUUGCUUGGCGCAACGCAUGUGAAUCGUUGGCGUUUGACCAAACCAUACGGUAUUGUUCUUCUGGUUGGUUAUGUGGUCGUGCUCAUAUUUUGCAGUUGCUACGAGCUAAACCUAUUCAGCAACGUUCACCCUCCGGCUUGUCCUUUGGUUGAGUAG